AUGAGUCUCGACAUAUCAUUAAUUCCAUCUGUUCUUGAAACAUAUCCACACCUACUUCCUAUAACAACGGAUCAAAUUCAACUAUUCGUCAACAUAUGCAGUCUCAUUCGCGAUGAGAUUGCCCUUACCUACCCCUCGGAUGUUGAUACCGAAAGUUCAGCCCCGCCGUUUCUUCCAGACACGCAAGCCGAGUGGAUCUGCGAGUGCCUAGGCAUUACAAGCGAGCAGGCCGAGGUCCUAUGGUCCGUCUUUCGGCAAACGAUCUGGAGGAUGGAGGAUGCAAAUAAGCAGUAUGUGACUCUUGCUGACUUGUUUAUGGAGAGCGGCUGGCGUGAAGGAAUCUCCUUCAUUUCACUGUUCCCCCCAAUGCGCCGGUGCUCUCAGCCCGAGUGCAAGGACCGGCACUCCGAAAUGCGGAAGGAGUACGUGCGGGACGCGAUAGUAUUCACGUUUAAUCACGGUAUCCAAUGGGCCAAGUCGGUUUACCUCACAUGCCUGGCCUGCGGUACCAAUUACCGCAACAAUUACUACGUGCCGCGCGUCCGUGUCAAGGACGGCCAACCAUAUCGAUAUUACUACUCGAAGCUUCCUCGCAGAAUACAGGUCGGUGAGCAUCAUUAUGUAGAUCUCAGGCUCGCACAUAUGUGGACACAGGACAUGAUGAUAAACUCUUCCUCCGCUGCAGGUCUUGCGAAGUUAUACGAGCAGACCUUUGCUCGUUCGCUAGCUGACAUCGAGGGCUGCUACUACACCCGGCCCAAGCUACCGUACGCUAUAACGCGGCUCCCGUUCUCUCCUAGGCUCAGAGGCGACCACGUCUGGUCAGCCUUCGUCAUCCUCGCUCUCCUUCGCGAUGCCCGAGCCCACCGUCGACUCCUUCGAGUGCUUCACACCGGCGAGCAGCGCGUACGCUUCAACGCAGCCAUGCACGAUCGGAAUCUGCGCAUUAUUGCGCUUGGCCAGCGCGAAAUACAGCACCACUGCAAAGGCUGCAUGCGCAUAUACGAGGAGAAAGAGGAGGGAACAGGUAAAGUAAUCUGGAAAAGCUGCCAGCCCGUCGUCAGUGACGGGCUCACAAUCGGACAUCCGUGCUGCAAAACGUUCCGGUGCACGAAGUCACUCGACAAAGUCCGGAACCACUGGUGCCCAGGCUGCGCCAAGCUCUGUGCCGACCAAUGCGCCGUGGAGAAUUGCACCAGGAAAAUAGUACCCACCGACAACACGAAGAUGACGUGCGAUGACGAGACGCACGUCGAGAUGGAGAGAAAGACCGUCCAGCGCGGACAGUCUAUGUUCGUACUAACUAGCCGCCUCACACGAAGCAGGAUAUCUGCUCCUGACUUCGACGCCGAAACCGACGACGACGCCCUUGUCUGGUACGAGGUCGACGCGCUCAAUCGCGUCACUCAGCGCGUCGACAGCCAUCCGGUCAACGUAGGCGUCUCUGACGCUGACGCUGAUCGCCCUGAUCGUCAAAUAAAACCAGCCAGCGCGCCAGCCUCGUGCCCCAGCAAGACACCGAAACGACAGAGGAUCCUUCUUGCUCGUCGUCGUACCGCGUGCGAGGUUACACUCAUUCGCCCGUGUGGCAUUAUUCUACAGCGUGCUAUGAUGUUCGGAGCUGAAGCAGUCUCGAACGUACUGAAAAUGACGAAGACAUCGUUCAGCGUACCUGGCGCACGAAAGCCCGAGAUGUUCAUCUACGACACGGCUUGCGAGGCCAAGCAGCAAGCCAUGAACCUCGACGACGACUGGUGGGAUGACGUCCAUAUGGUCGUUGAUCCGUGGCACCUUGUCACGAAACACAAGACCACUCACGAUUUUUGUCAGAAGUACUGUAAUCCGGCGAGCUACCCCGAGCUCAUGCGCGAAGAUGGUAAAGGGUGGUGGUUUAAUACGUCAGUCGCCGAGCAGACGAACGUUUGGUUGGGCAGCUAUCACUCUAUCUUGAAGGAGAUGCUGCCCAUCAAAUACAAUUUCUUCCUGGACGAGAUGAUUCGUCUCAAGAACAUUGAUACUAUACAGACGUUGAAGGAUAGACGACUUAUGCCCAUGUAUUACCCAUCAGACACUGAAGCUCUAGAGUCUGUUCUUACAUAG